AUGGCUACCUUCAAUAUCCUAAAUAAGCAUCUUCGACUUCAUCAGAGGAUUCGUUGUUUGUCUUUACUCUAUCUCAGCACUGGUACUUCUCCAUUAGUGAAUAAUGUUGAAAUCAGAAAGAAGAGGAAUGCAAUUUUUGAUGAAGAGAAAAAAAGACAGUUUUCACUUAUAAAAAGAAUUGAAAAGAUACAUGUGGAACAUGUGGGGCCUCCAGAGACAUGCACCUUGAUUAUGAAUAAGGGUUUGUCUACACCAUUCAACUGUGCCAUGCACAUCCAAGAAUUGUUGAUGACCCAAUCUGUGAUAGCAUUGGUCAAUGGAAAACUCUGGGACAUACAUUGUCCACUGACUGAGGAUUGUGAAUUACGUUUUAUGCAUUUUAAAGAAGAUGACUGCAAUGAAGCAAACGAGGUUUUCUGGAGGUCUUGUUCUUUUAUUCUUGGUCAUAUUUUGGAAACUGCCUUUAAAGAUGAACAUCCUGUGGAACUCUGUAGUUUUCCACUUCCAAAUGUGAAAAGCGGCAGUUUUGUAUAUGAUGCUGAUUUAAAGUUGCCAAAAUGGAGACCUACUCAAACUGAGCUUAAUUGCCUUAGUCGUAUUGGCUCCAAAUUGCAAUACGCAGAUCUUCGUUUUGAACCUCUUGACAUUAGUACAGAUGUGGCACUGAAAAUGUUUUCCGAUAACAGAUUCAAAAUGCAACAAAUUCCAGAAAUUGCAGCUACAUCUUUCAAUGGCUCAACUAUAAGAGUUUACCGGAUGGGUGACCAUAUUGAUAUCAGUAGGGGGCCUAUGAUGUCAUCAACAGCACUUUUAGGAAGAUUCAGUGUCACUGCGGUACACCAUGUGGAUAGCUUUGAAUAUGGUCCAUUGCAAAGAGUACAAGGAGUGGCAUUACCAAAACAAUUUUGGCUCCAUCAGUGGACAUAUGAAUUGUUAGAAGAGAAAGCCCGCCAACUGAAUACUGCACCGUCUCCCAGGUUACAUCGCAAAUCCAGGCUACAGUCACAAAAUAGUUUGGAAAAAGCACCAGAACCAAGUUAA